CCCCCAUUUGUUACCCUGUCAUAUUCUCUGUCUAGUUGAACCGUGUGACUCACCUCUAUCCUUGCCUCCACGCACCUCAGGUCAUGUUUUCUUUUGAAGCUGGCCGCCGCUGCCCCUCGGGGCCUGGUACUUUCACCUUCCAGACAGCACAGGGAAAUGACAUCUUCCAGGCCGUGGAGACAGCCAUCCACCGGCAGAAGGCCCAGACAAAGGCUGCUCAAGGGCAAGUCUCCCAAGAAGGAGAAGUGGCAGAAGGGAAGCUGGCUUCCCCUUGGGGCCCCCAGGAGUUACUGGAUAGCCCUCCGGUCCUGUAUUCGGAACCCUUAGACUCCCUGCGCACCCCUCCAGACCCUUCCCAGGACUCCUUGUAUUCAGACCCACUGGACAGCACUCCUGCUCGGGCAGAGGAAGGGGUACAGGUGAAGAAACCUCUCUACUGGUCCUUGUAUGAACAUGUGCAGCACCAAUUGUUAAAGGUCAACCUGAAAGACUUCAAAGAGGACCCCAUCUAUGAUGAACCUGAGAGUCUGGCCCCAGCGCCUCCCCGAAGCCUGUAUGACUUCCCUCAGGAACCCAAGGAUGCGUGGCACUGCCAGGCUCGGGUGAAGGAGGAGGGCUACGAGCUCCCCUACAACCCAGCCACCGACGACUAUGCUGUGCCGCUGCCUCGUAGCACAAAGCCUCUCAUAGCUCCCAAGCCCCAGGGCCUGGCCUUCCUUGAGCCUGGUACUAAAACUGACAAUGACAACAAAGACUACAGCUCAGACAGGGCCCUGUACAGCCAGGUCCAGAAGAGCGGGGCUUCUGGGAGCUGGGACUGUGGGCUUUCCAGAGCAGGGGCCAAUAGGACUGGUGUCAAGUCCGAGGGCUCCGUAUGAGAGGAAGGCCAGGCUAGGGAGCUGACAGGAGGACCAUCGAACAGGGGAAGAAAGUUAUCUGCUAGAACCGGAGGGAACCAAGGCACAGGAAGUUCCUUGUGACACCAGGGGCCCGGGGACUGUGGGGGAGUCAAGGGAAGGUCAUUCCGUCUCAGGAAGUCUCAGGAAGUGGAAGCAAUGGCUGGUACAGGGGUGGGAUAUCUGAGUUCCACCUCCCAAAACAAUGGGCUGCUACUGGAUCAAGUCUGUGGAAAGGGGGGUUGAUGAGAACAGAUGCAUGUUCAGGGGCCUGCAUGGAGGCUCCAGGGAAAUGCUGUGCCUGGACCUGAACCCAUGCAUUGUUCUUUGCCAGAUAUAUAUUUUAAAACAUUUUUUUCCUUCUCAUUAAAGCCAUUUGGGGUUUAAGGUC